GCAGGUUUUUGGAUGCAAAAUUCGUCUAGUGAUUGUCAGAAGCUCAAGCUGCAUGAUGGCUCUAUGCAAUUCUGCAAGGUAGAGACCAGAGAGGCAUUAGCGCAUAACCCAUUCCACUGCUUAUUCGAGUCGUAACGCUCUCCGUUUCGUUGUGAUUCGGGAGAAAGCCAAUGGGGUGGAUCGGAGACGUUGCCAAUUCCUUCAAGUCCUUUCAACUCAGACAAGCUCUAAUCCAGGUGGUCAAUCUUGGUUUGAUUGUGCCAUCGGCGCUAAUGAUAUGGAAAGGAUUAAUGUGUAUAACUGGCAGUGAAUCACCAGUAGUUGUUGUACUUACUGGAAGCAUGGAACCUGGUUUCAAGAGAGCUGACAUUUUGUUUUUGCCAAUGAGCAAGUAUCCCAUUCGCGCAGGAGAGAUAGUCGUUUUCAAUAAAGACGAACAUGAUAUUCCAAUUGUUCACCGAGUAAUAGAGGUUCAUGAACGUCAAGAUACUGGAGAAGCUUAUAUCCUCACUAAAGGAGACAAUAACCCUAUGGAUGACAGGGUUUUUUACAAUGGUCAGCAGUGGCUGCAGAAACAUCAUAUAAUGGGCAGAGCUGUUGGGUUCUUACCAUUUGUUGGUUGGGUGACAAUAAUGAUGACUGAAAAGCCUGUAUUCAAGUACAUGCUAAUCGGGGCGUUGGGGUUGCUGGCGAUAACAUCAAAAGAUUAGGUAUACAAAUUCUUGAGUCAUGAUUAUCUAUGUACACUCACAUUAAGAUACUACAAUACAAUGUAGAUGAACGUGAGAACCUUUUUUUGCUCUUAAACGCUCCCAGCGUUACCAUUGUAAGUUAUAAAUAAAUACAUGGAUGUCCUCAAAAGCUAUACGUAU